CUUCGUCAUCGUUUCACUUGAAUCAACACAAUUGGAGUUUCUGUGUUGUGUGCUUCUCCGGCUUGUCCUCAAAUGUAAUUCUGCUGCACAACAAGACGGACGUGCCCAGGUGACAGACUUCUGAUCUGAGUUAGUUCGAGUUCGCGCGGAUCGGUUUAGAAAUAUUUACGUGGUGUUAGCGUAGCGUUGAAUGGAAAUGGGUUCCGUAGUCGUAUUUGUUUUUCGUAUAUUUGGGGUAUCGCAUUGAUAAGUGACAUUUGGGUUUUUGUUUUUAUCAUUAUCAUUAUUUUUAUUUACCGAUAACUUUUCUCUCGAUAGUACGUGAUAACAUGUGCGGUUUGGCUUUGGAUUCAAUCUAAUCAUAAUCAAGACAAAAAUACCUUGUGCUAAACAGUUUCAGUGUGCUUCUUGGGGUUUAUGAUAAUUUAUUAAUAAUCAGUUACUUUAAUAAAGAAUAUUUUAAUUCGCGAGUGUCAUCAGAAUUUUUUGUUUCGAGUGCUAGGAAAUAAUUUUGUAAUAAAAUAUUGCUUGAUCGGUUGAUUGUUUUUUGUUGUUGUGGAGUACAGUGACACAUUGACUGAAUAUUUGUUGUAGAAGAGUUUCCUAUUUUUGUUUUCUUAUUCAAAGACCGAUCGGAUAACGUUGAAAUAAUUUGUCGACGUUAAGUGCAGUGUUUGCGGAUUUAAAAGAGGAUUUAAUUGGAUAUCUAUUAUUUCUCACGAAUAAAAGGAUAAUCAACUUGAAACAAAAGGAAGACAAUCAAAAACUUUAAAUUACCAAAAUCAAAACAAUUUAAAUUAAAAAGAAAAAGAAAACAACAUGCCAUUUCAACGAAGCUACAGCAAAGUGUGGUGGGGUUCGGAUAACUUAUUACCGACAACAGCUAAUAACGGUAACUUUCACCUAUCGAAUCAACAAAAUAGUGGUUAUAGUUCUUUAGACUAUCAUCUAAUAAGAUCCAAUGCUGGAAAUCUAUCCCGCAUCCAAGAGGUUGAAGAUGAAAAUUCCUCGAAAUUAUGGGCUAAGCAUGAAAGUCCUGGCAGUCUUAGAAGUCAGGACUCAGGAUUCUCGGAUAACGACGAAUCACAGAGCAUUGGAGGUGGUCGCCGAAGAAGAACUUCACUAUCUUCAUCCUCACCAAGAAGCGCUAAAUCGGAUUUAAGUGAAAAUAAUGGCUCGCCAACUUCGAUGCGAACCAUUGAAACCCCACCCACUGUGAUAAGGCGCCCUAAGAUGUCUUUAAAUGUGACACCAAACCGAUUGUCGUUCAGUGCACCUAAUUCGCCUUGCGUCGAACGAAAAAAGGAUAUCGCAGAUGACAACGGAAACACAGAUGACACCUGUGAUCUUAUAAGUAAACUUAAUAGGAUUAGUUUUGUUAAUACAACACCAAAGAGACACGACGGAAAUGACGGAGACUCGUCGUCGUCCUGUAAGUGCUCGCCGAUUACCACGGAUAAGCUAUCGUCGUCGGUGGCGUCAGUUAGUUCAACGUCGUCGAUUCGGCGUCGUCGUUUGGUGAGCCGCAAGACCAGGCGAAGCUUAAUGCCAACGAAUGCUCCGUUGGAUGCAUCACCAUCACGUUUUCUCGAAUACAACAAUGAAACAGUCGUCCUUGGUGGUGCCAUGGAAGAAGAGGAGGAUGCCAAUAAUAAUACCUUGCAUUCCGAAGGAGAUGUCGUAAUCUCUCCACUCAAAGCUAAAAGUGGAGUUCAUUUCACUGCAAGCACUAGUACACCCAAAUUGAAAAAACCAUCAGCAUCUAUUAAGUAUGGAAGUACCUUACCUUCGAUGGGUAUUGAGUAUGAUAAUCCCCUUCUUAAUGGCCAUCCACCCGCCCUUCAAAGCUGGCUCGAUGACAUUCGAAUGUCAUACGAUCGUGAAGUGAUGUCGACCCUGCAAACAAAAUCCAUCGUUCUCGAGGCAUUUAAGAACAUGAAAAUCACAAGCAACACAGUUGCCAAAAUAAUUCGUCAGCUCCAGCAACGCUCUGUGGCCAUGCAAGCUGAUUUCGAUAUCAUGGAGAAAAUACUCAAAGGAAAUACCUCGGCAAGUUUACAUGUAGCCCUGUCGAGAGCCCAUGAACUCCUUGAAAGUGUCGACGGUUUUACGUUAGCUCUCGAACGCCGUUCAGUCUUCUUUGCCGAAUUUCGAGCUGACCGCAAGCGUUUCGAGGAAAACAUCGAACACAUCAAACUCAUCGUCAAAGAUACCCGAAUAUCUCUGGAGAAACACCAUUACAUUCAAAUGGAAUCCCUGCAUGACGAUAUUCAGGUUCUUAAGCGCUACUUGCUGAUAACUCUUCGCUUGGUUUACGAAAAGUUAGUCAGAGUAAUAGUGCACAGUGUCGAACAGUCCAAGUGUGAUUUGAUGUUGAGAGCGAAUAUAAAUAUGAUCGCGACACUUUCCAAUAUGCAAUAUGAAGGAUUUGCAUCGCUGAGUGAUGCCUUCGUCCAAAAUGAAGCUGUUCGAGCUUUGUUAAUGAUUUGCUUGGAAAAUAAGCUGUCCUCUGUGAGGGCCUUGGCGCUAAGAGCUUUGGCUGCGAUUUGUUGUAGUCCAGAGGCCAUAAGUCAAUUUAAUCAAGCUGGAGGUCUCGAAAUUGUGAGAGAUAUUUUACAAAAAGAUGGAGAGAAGGAGGUAUCGAAGAAGACAGAUGCCGAGAAAAGAGAGGCUGUUUCGUUGCUGACACAGAUUACAGCUCCAUGGCAUGGUGGUCAGUGCAGAGUUGAGGGUCUCAAGGACUCGGCCGAAAUCCUGGUAGAGGGUAUCUCAGAUUUAAUUGAAAGGACCAAUUGUUGUCCGACAUUGCUUCUUUGUGCAGCCUCAUUGAACAAUCUAAGUCGUGUGGAAAUGACCUCUGUUUACUCAAUUAUGUCCAAUGAGACGAUAAUCAAACUAAAGGACACUCUCGAAUGCCGUGGAUUAUCUGGAAUAUCGAUUUUCCUUUAUGAACAAAUAGUCGCAAUGCUUCACAACAUGUCCAGCAACAAGAAGUGCCAUAGCCAUUUGGCGAACAGCAGCAUCAUAAAUUUCAUCACGUCCAUAUUUCAAACGGAAUUCUACCGGAAGUAUUCGUCACGUGCCGAAGUUGAUGCACAACGACGCACCAUCAAAGCAAUUCUGCAUACGUUAGCCCGGCUUAUCCAUGAAUCCAGUCUGGGCCAUGAAAUUCUCGAACAAAAUUUCAUUCCGAUAUUCUCAAAGGUGGGAGUGCUUGAGAGCACCGAUGAAGAUUACGGAAGGGAUAUAUCCGCUUUGGCUCGUCAAUUGAACGAAAGUUGUGCGAAUAAAUCAUUUAACCGGUCACAGGAGAGUCGAGGUUCAACAACGUCGUCUUCGUCGACGUUAGCGUUGCCGUUGUCAGCUUCAGGGAUGAAAUUCAAUCUAACACGGCAAGAGAGUUACGUUUAGAGACACUCACCCAACCGUUACCAUAUCAUUCAACAACCCAGCUAACAACUAUCAAAGCAACGACGACGAUGACGUUGCUUUAAGGUUCAAGGAUGCAGUUAAGGAAACAUUUCGUCACGCUAAGGAUACGAUGAUAUUUCUUAGCUGUCGAGAUAUGUCUUAGCUUCACAUUUUGGGCCAUCAAUCCAUCCAUCGCCUUGCCUCGCCAUUCCCAUUUCUAUCGUGUUUCGUAUAUGUGAAACAGCAGCUGGAUGAAGUUGGGGGAAUUGAAAAUUGAUGUCAAAACCAUGAACGUGAUGUGUAGGCUUAAUGUUUGUGCAGAAACUGGAAGUCUCAGCCUCAACCUUUGCCUAGACUGAUGUUUACUUAAAUGUUGCCUACAAAAUAUAAAUUAAAAUGGAUGGCGCUUAAAUGUUUUUUGUUUAGCCGCCGCGCCGUGACUAUCGACAAGAAACGCUUUUUUAGGGCUCUUAACUUCUUCUUCUUUGUUUGAAACAAAAUGCUCCCGGGUCUUGAUGAAAUUUUGGGGGGUGGGGGAUGUAAAAUGUUUGUAUUUCAUUUGCAGGAAUACUACGUGUACAUAGGUACAUACUAAGAGCCACAUAUGGGCAUGAAUUUAAAUGUGCAUAUUAUCAGUAGGAAAUUCGUUUUGUACAUACAUACUUACAUACAUACAUUAUAUUUUUUAUUUUAUAAUUUUGUUUUUCAUUGAAUGAAACAUUGAGUUUUUAUGUGUUGUAGUAUAAACAAAUUGUGUAGAGAGUAUAAAAUUAAAAUUACAUUUAUUUUGUAAAUAAUACGUAUAUUAUAAGGCAAUCAAAGAAAAUUA